GGAGGCAAGGGCAUCUGGAAGGGAGGUAAGCCCGGAAGGUGGUCGGGGGGCAGCUCCCUGUAUGGGGGAGCUGCGCUGGAGGGAACUCGGGGCUAUGACGGGGCAAAGAACCAUCCGGCAGACACCUGCUCCCCAAGACCACUUUGCCCACAGUAAGGGAAGUGCACCUGGCUCCCAGGCAGGAAACCAGUCCUGGGGCCGGGUGUCCGGUGCUGCAGGCAAGGUUCUCUGGGGGGUUGGAGCAGGUGCCCCUCCACGGGCCCCACAGGGACACAGGCUAGACCUGCCGGCCACUGCCUUCCAAGCCUUGCCCUUGACCUCAGCCUUGAUGACCUAGCCAUUUCUGGAUAUGCUUCAGUGGGCUUGACUGACUGUGUGACAGGCCAUAUAGGCAGAGAUGUCCCGGGUUCUGAUCAGGGCUUCCCCACUCACGAGACCUAAGUUCCUCAUCUUCAUGGGCCACUGGGUUCCCGACCCUAUGGACCACUGGAUGUAGCUCUGUGCCAGUGCUUUCAGGGCUGCAGAAGGCAAUGAGGGGCCCUGACCUCAAGCCAGAAUGGGGACAUGUAAGCUUGUAGGGAGCCGGCAGGCCCAGAGGGCUUUGCUUAGCAUCUACCCUGUGGGACAGCCUUCGCUUUGUAAAGGGAAGAGAAAUCCCUGAGGGCUUCCUGGAGGAGGCUACAUACAGAAAGAAUGUUCUGAGCGCCUGCUGUGGAGGGACUGUGGGCACUGCCCCUCCCACCUGGUGUGCCCCUUCUGUGCCUGACACUUGGUCAUCCCUCAGCGAAGGGAGGCGUGUUUCUGUCAUGCCACAGACAGCAGCUCAGGGAGCCAGAGAUGCCAUUUCCCUGGGCAGGCACAGGCUGGUCUGCCUCACCUGAUUGAAAGACCAGGCCUCAGGUCCAUGGGCUUAGUGGCACUGCUGUGGGCACGGCUUCCUCCCUCUCUGGGGCCUCACAAGGCAGGGAGUGCUGGGGCUCUGAGCGCCCACCCUAAAGGCCCUGUGAUGCUGGCUGAGGGCAACUGUUGCCGUGGCUGGAUCAUUAUUACCUGGGACCGUCAGCCCUGGAAAGGCCUCAGAAGAGAGCUGGUCUGCAGGUGGGGAUGGAGAGCCCUUGGGGACUGGCUGUCCUCUAGCCCUGCCUGGAAGGGCCCUUGAGAACUGUGGAAUCCUGUGCUCUUAAAACUUCCAAGAGGAAGCUGGGUCACAAAGCGGCCCGAGAGAUCCGUGUGGCUCUGGAGGGGCACAGAAGAGAGGGCGGCAGGCAUGUUUGACCCGCAAGUAUUAGAUUCUCCAGCUGUGAUCUUUGACAAUGGGUCCGGGCUCUGUAAGGCAGGCCUGUCUGGGGAGAUUGGGCCCCGCCACGUCAUCAGCUCAGUUGUGGGGUACCCAAAAUUCAAGAUGCCUUCAGCAGGCGCCAAUCAGAAGUGCUUCGUGGGAGAGGAAGCCUUGCACAAGCAUGAGUUUUUGCACGUGCACUACCCCAUCGAGCGGGGCGUGGUCACGGACUGGGACAACAUGGAGCAGCUCUGCAAACACCUCUUUGAGUGGGAGCUGGGGGUGAAAGCCAGCGAACAGCCAGUGCUCGUGACCGAGACCUCUCUGAACCCGCACGAGGUCCGUGAGAAGAUGGCUGAGGUGAUGUUUGAGAACUUCAACGUGCCCGCCUUCUACCUGUCGGACCAGGCUGUGCUGGCCCUCUACGCCUCGGCCUGCAUCACAGGCCUGGUGGUGGACAGUGGGGAUGGGCUCACGUGCACCAUCCCCAUCUUCGAGGGGUACUCCCUGCCCCAUGCGGUCUCCAAGCUCUAUGUGGCAGGGAGGGACAUCACAGAGCAUCUUACCCAGUUGCUGCUGGCUAGCGGGAGGACCUUCCCGUGCGUGCUGGAUAAAGCCCUGGUGGGCGACAUGAAGGAGAAGCUGUGCUAUGUGGCCCUGGAGCCGGAGAAGGAGCUCUCCCGGAGGCCGGAGGAGGUGCUCAGAGAGUACAGGCUGCAGGAUGGCAACAUCGUCCACAUCGGGGACCAGCUGUACCAGGCGCCGGAGGCCCUGUUCAUGCCCGAGCAGCUGGGUGCCCCAACCCCAGGCCUCUCCAAAAUGGUCUCCCACAGCAUCACCAAAUGUGAUACUGAGAUUCAGAGGAUGCUGUAUGGGGAGAUUGUGCUGUCUGGGGGUACCACUCUGUUCCAGGGCCUCAGUGACCGGCUUCUGAGGGAGCUGGAGCAGCUGGCUCCCAAAGGGACCCCCAUCAAGAUCACAGCUCCCCCUGACAGGUGGUUCUCCACGUGGAUCGGUGCCUCUAUCAUCACCUCUCUGAGCAGCUUCAAGCAGAUGUGGGUCACCUCCGCAGACUUCAAGGAGUUUGGGCCAUCUGUGGUUCAGAGGAGGUGCUUCUGAGGGAGCGCCGGGACAACUGCUCGCCCUUUGGCAUCGGCAGGAUGUUCAAUAAGAGAAAACGGUGCAGUGCGGGGCUGUGUUGGGCUUGGUUCUUUUUGGCGGCACCAGACUUAUUUCUGACCCUGGUGGAAAAACCACUCCAAGGCUCUGCACCUGCCUACACUCCCCCCAACUUUCUCCUGAGAAAGCCCUGGGUUAUGAGCAGGGGCUGGGUCCAUCUGCAGAGUUUUUAUGGAAAGCAGGGACCCCGACCUCAUGCUUCCUGCUCAAGUCAGCAGGGCCCUGGAAUCUGCUUUUUAAAUAUGUCUUAGACUCAACAGGAAGGGGAGUGCCAGGAGCAAGCUGGCAUGCCGCCUUGUCCUGAGGAUCAACAACCCCUCCCCUGGCUAGAUCCUCAGGGCAAUAGGGCUCUCACUCUGUCUUUACAAGACGGAGCAGCUGAGCAGGAUGACAGGCAGGAGCAGAAAUUGUCAUCUGUUUAGGACGCUUAAGGGCCCCUGCUCCCAGGGGGCACUUAAGAAUCAAUGCGUCUACUUGAUUAUUGCAAUGUGUCUAUGUGUUUUACUUUCAAAGAUGUUUACAGCAUUGUUUGGGGUAAAAUACUAGAUACAUAGGUAAUGGCUAUCAAUAAAGCAACGAUCGAAUAAAUUAUGCAUGAAAGGAAUUUUUCCACAUUGCUUUGGUGGAAUUCUCCCAGAAUAUAAUUGGGAGAGAAAUGGAAAAUUGAAGUCUUUGUAAAAUGAUCCCCCCUUUUUUCGGUAAAGAGAAACAAUGUCACAUUUCCAUGUAUAUCUGUAUCCAUUUGUAUGUCCAUAUAUAAAGGAAUGUGUUUCUAUAGGGUUAGAAGCACACAGAGAAAGAACAGAAGGGUAGACACCGCGAGCUGGUGGAGGAAGGAGAGGAUGAGGUGA